CUAAAUUUUACCUCUCAUUCUAUGCUGAUUUCAUGCAGCUGAACUCCUUAGAACCUUUACAGGUACAUUCUUUUUCCUUCUCUGUAUCCAGUCAGUUUCCAAGUUCUUUAAAAUAUCUUUUGUUAUUUUUCCUUCCUCCUUAUUCCCAUUUUCAUUCCUUCUCAGGCUUUCAUGGCCUCAGACCUUCUACAGACACUGAGCUGGUUGGCCUCACAGCAGUUCUUCCUUCUUUCCACCGUCAAGCAAAUCUUACAGGUUCAACAAAUGCCACCUGAGCACCUGCGUGUGUUUAGUACAAUAUUAAAUGAUGGGAAUACACACCAGUUUUAACAGAAGAGGGUUUCGCCAGUAAUGUGGCUGCAGUGAGUAGAAUUUGAAGCAAAAGAAAAAAGUUUUGCCCUAGAAGAUGCAGGUUCUCAGCAUUAGCCCCAUUGCGCAGGAUGGAGAUGUUUCCCUCAAAUGCCAUGAAGCUUACAAUUUGGCGGGGAAAUACAGUAUUUAAUAAAGUACUUUGACUGUUGUUAAGUACUAUUCUCUGGGUCCAGGAGAGAGAACUGCUCUAGUCUAAGGUUAGGGAAGGGCCUCUCAGAGGAAAUAAAGGAGACAGAAUUGGCUAGGAGUAAUGUUCCUGACUAAAAUAACUGUGCUAAGACUUGGAGUAAACAAAGAGCUAUCAUGCAGCAGGUAUGAGAAGAGCAGUGUAAGAACUAGACUCUGCCAUCAGGAGCUGGUAUAUUCUAUAAGCCUUUGUAGGUAAGUAUUAUAGAAGAUAAGACUAUAAAGAUUGAGCUUCAGAGUCAAGAUGUUGCCGAGAGCACCCAGUUGUCUCAUGAUUCUCAACUAUGAAGCUAAUAAAUGCAUAAAGUUCAAGGUGAAUUUAUUGAUGCACUGAGAUUGUAGAGCUAUUUCUCAAGGGUAAACUUCAUAACACUACUGAUCUCACAGAAGACUGUUAUGUAGACAGAGUGCCAGUUUAUUAUUUUUGCAACGACUUAUGGACUAGAACUAUCAUGUGGGCAUGGCUAAUUCUUUCUUCCCUUGGCAAGCCAAGUUACCAGAAAAUCAUUUGGAGAGUAUGGAAUUAGAACAUGAGGACUUUCUCCAAAGAAAUUGCUAUGUACAGGGACAAAUAUGCAGAGUUUUGACAAAGACACCUUCUUCUGUGGUUGAAUGGGUUAUGCUAGUGUUUACCUUAGUUAUUGUUAGGUUUAUUUAAUUAGUUUAUACUCAAGAGGUUAGUCUAUAGCUAGGAGUUAAUGGGAAAUCAUGGUAGGAUUCUAAGCAGGGGUUGGAUAUAAUCACAUCUGUGCCUUUGAAAGAUGUCUUGCCAUGAUAUAGAAGUUGGAUUAGAGAACCUGGAAGCCAAAGAACAUUUAUGGAUGAGUACUAGUAGUCUAGUUGAUGAGUAAUGAUGGAUAAAUUGGGAUAGAGAACAAUCUAGUAGGGAUUAAUUAGAUCUACCUUCCUUCUACUCAGAUUCUCAAGUGGCUCAUCUGGUUUUUCUAUAUCAAAUAUUUAUUGUCUGUAUCAAGAAAUGUUUCUUAAGAGUUUAGAUUUGUACCCAAUGCACAGGAUAAAGACCUGUGCCUUUGACACAGUCUGAAAUAAACAUUGUUCCUUUAGGUCUGUGACUUUAAUUUUGUCACAGAAAUACUUGUAUGAAUAAAUUCACAUCAGUUUCAAAAGAGGAGAGUUUACUCAGGAAUGGGGCAAGCAAUUUUGAGGGCAGUACUGUAAAAUACAAAGCAAAGGAAAAGAGUUGUUUUUGAAGAAGUAAGUUCACAGUAUCAUGCAGAAUAUAGUUAGGUUCAUUAACACUUCUUGGGAUGUUUCACUCUGUUUUUGAAACCUGAUAGAAUAUUCAUUUGAGAAGCAAAAACAAAAUGCUCUUGAAGUAACUUAACACUGUUCUUGUAUUAAGUUGAAUGUGAAAAGUCUUGUGAGUCUUGUAAAAAGUUCAGUGAAUGCCAAGCUAUUUACACUGAUACAAGUACACAAUCAUUACUGCAAUUGAUACUUGAUGUUGGUGAAGAAUAAUUUUUAACAGCCUUUGAAAGCUGUUAGCUUCCUCUUCUAAGGAAAAUUGCAUUCAAAUACAUACAAAGAGAUAUGACAACACAAAUUUGGUUUUGGAAGGAAAAUCCAGGUUUCUUAAUUGUUUGAAUUUUCUUAAAUUCAUCCUUUUUACAUUUCUGUUCUUUAGGUCUGCCAAAAUGUCUGAAAGAUCAGAUCUCCUUCACUUCAAGUUUGAAAAUUAUGGAGAUUCAAUGUUACAAAAAAUGAACAAAUUAAGAGAAGAGAAUAAAUUUUGUGAUGUUACAGUUCUCAUAGAUGAUAUUGAGGUACAGGGGCAUAAAAUUGUGUUUGCUGCAGGUUCCCCCUUCUUAAGAGACCAGUUUUUACUGAAUGAUUCCAGAGAGGUGAAAAUCUCCAUAUUACAGAGUUCCGAAGUGGGGAGACAAUUGCUCUUAUCCUGUUAUAGUGGUGUGCUGGAAUUCCCUGAGAUGGAACUUGUAAAUUACUUGACUGCUGCGAGUUUUCUUCAGAUGAGCCACAUUGUAGAACGGUGCACGCAGGCCUUGUGGAAGUUUAUAAAGCCAAAACAACCAAUGGAUAGUAAAGAGGGAUGUGAACCGCAGAGUGCUUCUCCCCAGUCAAAAGAACAACAGGGAGAUGCCAGAGGCUCCCCAAAGCAGGACUCACCUUGCAUUCAUCCAUCUGAAGACAGUAUGGAUAUGGAGGACAGUGAUAUUCAGAUUGUUAAGGUAGAAUCUAUUGGGGAUGUGUCAGAGGUUAGAAGUAAAAAAGAUCAGAACCAGUUUAUUUCUUCUGAACCCACUGCUUUACAUUCAUCAGAGCCCCAGCACUCCCUGAUAAAUUCAACUGUGGAAAACAGAGUAAGUGAAAUAGAACAGAACCAUCUCCACAAUUAUGCCCUCUCCUACACAGGCAGUGAUAAUAUCAUCAUGGCCUCAAAAGAUGUCUUUGGGCCUAAUAUUCGAGGUGUAGACAAAGGCCUACAGUGGCAUCACCAAUGCCCAAAGUGUACCAGGGUGUUUCGUCACCUGGAGAACUACGCCAACCAUUUAAAAAUGCACAAACUCUUUAUGUGUCUACUCUGCGGCAAGACUUUUACUCAGAAAGGCAACCUUCAUCGACACAUGCGUGUGCAUGCCGGCAUUAAACCUUUCCAGUGUAAGAUCUGUGGGAAAACCUUUUCUCAGAAGUGUUCCUUACAGGAUCAUCUUAACCUUCACAGUGGAGAUAAGCCCCAUAAGUGUAACUAUUGUGACAUGGUUUUUGCACAUAAGCCAGUUUUGAGGAAACACCUUAAACAGCUGCAUGGCAAAAACAGCUUUGAUAAUGCCAAUGAAAGAAAUGUGCAAGACCUCACAGUGGAUUUUGAUUCUUUUGCAUGUACAUCAGUCACAGACUCUAAAGGGUGUCAGCCACAGCCUGAUGCAACACAGGUCCUGGAUGCAGGUAAACUGGCCCAAGCUGUCCUGAACUUAAGGAAUGAUAGUACAUGUGUGAAUUGAGUAGGGGCUUUAUGCUCACAACUAGAACUGACUGAAAAUAUGGCAGUAGUCUGUGUGAGUCUUUUCAGGAGUGAUUUUUGCUAGUCUGACUUCUCCAAAGCCUUUGUGCAAGUUGUAGGGGUGAGUCAAAGCACUAACAAGCCAGGCAAUUUACCACUUGGAGUGGUCUUGCCUGUCUUUUGCCCUCUCCAUUUCUGUUCUGAAUUAUUUAUCCUUUGAUGUCUGUUUUCCUUUCCCACGGAGUAUUCCAUGUGUCUACCUAAUGUUGACUUAUGUCUUAGACUGACAUUAUUGAAGGCUUUUCACUGGCACAUUCUGAAGAUACCAACAAGAUAAUAAUGUCACCUACACUCCACAAACAUGCUUUGCCAAGAGAUGUGAAUACUUUUUCUUUGGCAGAAAAUAGGUUAAGAUACAAGGUGAUACUGCUAUUGGCCUGAAUAUGUGAUGGAACUUCCAGUUGCCUAUUGAUAAUUCAUCAAUGUCUGAUAAUUGAAUGAGUCUGCUUUCUACCACUUGUACACAUCUUGUACCUGGCUAUAAAGAAGCAUUUUGGGUUGUUCUGUACUCUUUUCAAUAGUAUUAUGGCCCAACUGCAUGUCAUUGAAAUGUUCCCACAGACCAGAGUACAAUCUUUUUCAGCAACAUCUGCAGACAUUAGUUGGGAGUCACCAUGAGGAGCAUAAUCAACAAAGGAUAGAAGUGCAGUUGUACAAUAGUUCUUACCUAGAAGGUUUUUCCUAAAAGAAGCCAAAUACUUAUAAUUAAUGUGUGACUUGCUGAUGCUUUUGAAGUCAGGGUUGCUCCAGGCCCACAAAAAGAGCUAAAGUAUAAUGGUCUCUCUAAAAAGGAACUAUUUGGGAGUCAGUCUCUGGACUUUGAAGAGAUUAGCCAUCAGAAAGGUGAGUUUGACCUUCAGAGUUUUGUCCACUGUACUGUAAUAAUAGUCUCUGAAUUUUCAUUUCCUUGUGUACCUUAAUUUCAAAAAUGGAUGAAAAAGAGGGUCACAGGAAGAGCAAUCAGGUUUUUGCCUUCAGAUAUUCCUAUGAAGGUACCCAAUACCACUUUGCCACAUUUGGUAGAUUGCUAAUACAAAAUUGAUCUUCCAAUGCAUAAAGCAAAACUGUUUUCCCUAAAGCACAUUAUAGUUCAGAAAUAAAUUUUGUGUCUUACUAGUUUCUGACCUACGAGUUAGAUUUAGGUAAUAUGAGUGUUAAAGAGUCUUUAGAGAAUCUUUAGAGGUAAUUUACUCCACCUUUUUUUUUAAGUCAGGGUAGCCAAAGCCCUAAGAGUUGGCCUGGACAAGGUUGGCCAAAGUAGAUAAGUGACUAAAUAUGACCUAAUGCCUCCUCACUUCUUUUCACGAUCUCUUGGCUUUAAAAGAUCUAGUACAUGAUCAAGAAUACAUAAGCAAAAAGCUCCUAGUUUGUGUUUCACCUCUGUGAAACCCAGUAGGCUUUCUGAGACAGCCUGCAUUUUGCAAACAAAAUAUCACAGAAGGAUUUGUUUUUGUUAAUUAUUUUUGGCUAGAAUGAGUAUUAUUACAUUCUUCUCAAGCAAGUGACUAAUUUUGUAGGUGUUGGUUAGGGAAGGAAGGUACAAGUAAGAAUAAUGUAGGAAGGAUCCAGAUGUGGAAUGAUUUUGUCUGGAAACAGUGUUCAUUUAGUUUCCACCAGGACUUUGUUUUUAUUUUUGAGCUAUGAGAAUGCAUGUACAACAAACCAAAAAUUACAUUUAACUUCUGUAGUCAGAAUCUUAAAAAGUUGUGAUUUGGUGCAUUUACAUGUGAUUCUGACUUGAGGUAUAAUUUAUAACUUUUGUUAAGAUUUAAAAUAAUAAUAAAAUUGAGUGAUAAGACCAAUAGGUAUGUCAUACCUAACAUCACUCAUUAUAUGGUCUAAUGAUGCUGCCUAACACUGAUUUUUUUAUAUGAUCCAGCCAAAGAGUACUAAUUCUAUGCAACGGUGAGACACUAGCAUGUUAAUGAACAUUUCACUAUUUUCUCUGGAUAUCAUUUAAUCACAGGGAAAUUGCAAAUUGGAGUGCUUCCUUGCUUAUAUUCAUGUCUUGUUUAUGUUACUGGUUUGAAGGCAUGGGUUCAAAAAAGAUCAGUCUCUGUUGGAGACUAUUCCUGGCUUCAUUUCAGUCACUCAAGAAACAUUUAUUAAGCACCUACUGUUGCUAGGCACUAUGCUAGAUACUAAGGAUAUGAAGGUAAGAUUGCUAUGGUCCAUGACCUCACAGAGCUUAUAGUAUCAUGUGGUCUAGUGAGAUAAGGUAUUAAUUUGAUAUCAUACUAAUAAAGAAAACUGCCUUGCUUGAUUUGAUCAGUUAAAACCAGCAUCUUGAUGGUUUUGUCUGGUUUUGUAUCAGUAAAAUUUCUCGUCCUCACCUUUUGCAGCUGCAAACCACUGAAGUAAUUUACAGUCUCCUCCAUUUCUUCUGUUUCUGUGAGAUAUUUUCUUAAUUUUGGUGGGACUUAACUUUUCUCCUUUGUUUAUACAUGUUUCUUAGCUUGUAUCGCAAAGUGGUCAAAUUACUAAAGUCAAAUACAUUUUAUAGGGGAAGAUGACUUUCAAAACUAGUCAUAUUCUUGUAGAGGAGGGAGAGAUUUUAAAACUUUGGUCAUUCAGCAUUUGUAUUUUAUGGCUCCCCAGGAUAACUAAAAUGGAAAGAGGACUUUUACUGUAGUUGGGUUUUUAAAAAAAUUACUGUCACAGGUAUUUAUUUAUUAUUUAAUUUUAAAGACAAACUCCAAACUGAAGCAGCUCUGAGGUAAAUCAGAUGUGGUUUUAAUUUGUUUUAGUUUCUUUAUUAUAAGAUCGGUAAAUGGAGGGUGACCAGUGUCACUAUUUCUAAAAUAAUGUCCUAAACAAACAACCCAGAACAUUUUAUUUCAGCUGGUGAAUAGCUGUUCUAAGUCUGUUGUAUGUUAGACAUACUGUGAA